AUGGCAGAAGCAAAAACUUCAAGAAAAGUUGUGUUCGACGACGAGUCGGAUGAAAUAAAACACAUUAUAGAGAACACCACUCCUUCAGACCCGCACUUUAAAUGGGAGUCUCUCAAUCUCAAACCAGAGCUUGUCAAAGGAAUAUACAGCGUUGGUUUCGAGAAUCCAUCAUUUAUUCAAAAGAAAGCUGUUCCCAUCAUUGCAGAAGGGAAAGAUCUGAGAGCACAGGCACAAUCUGGAACUGGAAAAACCGGUGCCUUUGUAAUUGGAGCGCUGCAGCGAAUCGACGAGUCUCUUAAGGAACCCAAGUACUUGUGUUAG